AUGGAACAGACGCAGGUUCUCCGUGUUCUCCUGCUGCUCCUGCUCCUCCUGCCUCCUCCUGCGUUCUCCUCCAGGGGGCAGUGUCUGGACGAGACGUUCUGCUCCUACGAUCUUCAGGAGUAUUACAGCCAAAUGGUGAAUCUGCCCAGUCACAUCCACGAGCGCAGCAUCGCCCCCUGGAGCUACGUGCAAAACAUCGACCUGAACCGUGUGCCUCAGGUCAUCCACGAGGCGAGCUGCCACACGUCGCACUCGUGUCGGGCGCUGGAGGGCGCCUUCGGCCUGGAGACCAUCCCCGUCACUCUCCGGGUCCCCGUGCUCAAGAAGAACCCGGCGUGCUUCCCCUCGCCCGGAUACGCCAUGGACUACGAGCUCAUCACCGUCGCCUGCCUGUGCGCCGUGUCCCGCAACAACUGA